AUGGCCAUGGUGAGGAACAACACAGUGGUGACAAAAUUUAUCCUCCUGGGCUUUUCAGAUCAUCCUCAAAUAAAGAUUUUCCUUUUUGCAUUAUUUCUGGGAAUCUACCUGCUGACCUUCCUCUGGAACCUGAGUCUCAUCGUGCUUAUCAGGAUGGACGCCCACCUCCACACACCCAUGUACUUCUUCCUCAGUAACUUGUCCUUCCUGGACAUCUGCUAUGUGUCCUCCACAGCCCCCAGGAUGCUCCAUGACAUGAUCGCCAAGCAGAGGACCAUUUCCUUCACUGGCUGUGCCGUGCAAUAUUUCGUCUUCUGUGGGCUGGGGCUCACCGAGUGCCUUCUCCUGGCAGCCAUGGCCUAUGACCGGUUUGCGGCCAUCUGCACCCUACUUCUCUACACGGCCCUUAUGUCCCACACGCUUUGCUUAGAGAUGGUGACUGGGGCCUACGUGGGUGGCUUUCUUAGUUCUCUGAUUGAAACAUACUCUGUCUACCAGCAUGAUUUCUGUGGGCCUAACGUGAUUAACCACUUCUUCUGUGACCUUCCUCCCAUCCUGGCUCUGUCCUGCUCUGACACCUUCGCCAGCCAGGUGGUAACCUUCAUUGUGGGGGUUGUUGUUGGCGUAGUUUCUGUCCUUGUGGUCCUCAUCUCUUAUGGGUUCAUUGUUGCUGCCGUCCUGAGGAUCAGCUCAGCGAAAGGUAGGACCAAGGCCUUUGGCACUUGUGCCUCUCACCUGACUGCUGUGACUCUGUUCUAUGGUUCAGGUCUUUUCAUGUACAUGCGACCCAGCUCCAGCUACUCCCUUAGCCGGGACAAGGUGGUGUCCGUGUUCUAUGCAGUGGUGAUCCCCAUGGCGAACCCCAUCAUCUACAGCCUCAGGAAUAAGGAGAUUAAAAAUGCUUUGAGGAAAGCUGUGGAAAGGGACCAUGCGCGUUCUCAUGGGCACACAUUUAUGUGA